UUGGGUACGUGUAUUAACAACGGCAAGAGUGCCAGCGCCCACAAAAGACCCAUUGGACCUGUCAGCUCCUCUGUUUCAGCAAGCAGACAUAAUAACUUACCAGCAAAGCAGAGUAAGCCAAGUGCCUCUGCGUCACACCACCAACUGAUAACACACAAGAAAAAGUAACUAAUUUAGACUAGAGCCCUAUCUUUUCUUAAGAAGCUGGGAUUUGAAGGAGCUAUUCUGAUAUCUGCGCUGCUUAGUAAGUGGCUGAUAACAUUAUAGACUGGAUUGGUCCCUGAGUUCAGAGACUGAGUUGCAAUUGAGUGAAAAAUAGACAACGAAAUCGAAGAAUUGCACGGAGGUGCAGGCCAAAUUUAACCGUCUCCAAGUAUUAUUGGUUGGACUGAGAAAUUGCUAAAACAAACCUGUAAUAGGACUGGUUAUUUGGGUGUCUCUCUUUGUCAUUGUUGCCUCUUAACUGUUACAUUGCUUUCUGUGUUGUCUAUCUAGCCCAGAUGUUCUCAGAUAAUUCACAUUGCCCUGACUGUGGGCAGCAGUGGUUCCCUAGUUUAGAACUAGGCCAUUGGUUGUACCAAACUGAACUUGUUGAAAAUGAAUGUUACCAAGUAUUCUUAGACCGUAUUAACAGAGCUGAUUAUUGCCCUGAGUGUUAUCCUGAUAAUCCUGCUAAUAGAAGCCUUGUUCUUCCUUGGUCGUUCCCACUCGAGUGGGCUCCCCAAAAUCUCACCAGGUGGACCUUUGAAAAAGCUUGCCACCCAUUUCUUCUGGGUCCUCCACUGGUUAGAAAAAGGAUCCAUGACUCCAGAGUAGCUGGCUUUAACCCUGCAUUACAGUUAAUCUUGACCAGAACAGACAAAACCUUAAACAAAAAACUUGGCCAAAACAAAUAACUUCUUAAACAGUCAAAAUCAUGGAGACUCUAGAGGUUUUUGUACUAGUAGCCCAAGGAAGAUAGAGAAGUGACUCCUUUCUAAAUCUGAUCCAGACUGUCACUACUUUGGGGAACUGCUUAAAUUGUUGUAUCUGCUUCCAUGGUCUGUGCAUAUUUGGUUAAGCAUGAUUUUAAUCAGUAUUCCAGCCAGACUGUUGAUCUAGAACCAGACUAAUCCAUGUUCCCUAUGUUUUGAAAUUAGCUUACCCCUCCUAAAAAGCUCCACAGCCUAGUUAUUGACAUAUGACAAGGGAGUCCUGAAGGAGAGGCCCCAUAUUGUGUGCACCAUAAUGAUAUUUCUAGUGAUAAUUUUUGUGGGAAAGUAUCCUCAUUGUAGCUGGAUUCUAGAUUAUUCCAGUAAAACAACUAGACAUUUUAAUAAGAGACUACAUUGUUCUAACUUCCACUUCUUAUACAUUAAUCAGUGAUAAUGAUAUAUAUAAAUAUAAUUUAUUCAUAUGUAAUCAUUUAUUCAUUAUUGGCUCUAUUUGGCCCAUCCUCAGUGGCUUUGACAUUAUUGUUAACUGGUCACUGUCAGAGAAAUCACUUUAUCAGGCAACGCCUACAUAGGUUACACAGAAACAUGCAGAAAAUCUGCACUUACUUGGGUGUACAUAGGCAAAGACCAUCUUGUCUUUGUGGUGACUGAACUUAGAAUGUCCUCCCCUGGAAAUGGAAAAGUACCUAUACUAUGCGAGAGGUGACAAAAGGAGUUACCAAGCUUGACGCCGUAUAUAUUAUGAACAGUCUAGGGGAACCAUCUUAGAACUAAGAAGCUGCAUUCUGGUCUUCACUUGUUCAUGAGAAUCAUGGAACCAGAUUUGGGCUUAAGAAACUUAGAAAAAGCUGUUGAAAACAUCUCAGAGGCCACUGAACAAUUUUAAAAUUCCACCUAAGAUGCUAGAUAAUCCAUUGCUUGUGUAGCAACACAACAAUGUUCUCAAGGUCCUGUUCCUUCUUUCUUUCCCCUCUGGAAUCCUUAUCGUGUUGGCUUUUUGUCCUCCUAGUUGUUUGCUCAGUGAGUACAAUGUGGCUUGUUGCUGCUCCAGACAUUUCAAUCCCAAUGAAAGGCUGGAAGUAGGGAGCAAAAAGCUUCCUCCUUUCAAGUCUCUGUCUUUUAUUUGGGAAGAAUGUCUUUCUCAAAAGUCUUUUGCAGAUUUAUUCUUACAUGUCAUUUGCAGGUACUGGUUCACAAGGGAGUCUGGGAAGCCUGGCCAAGGGGAAUGGGAUUGGCAUUGCCUUAGUAGGCACGUUGUCUCCCCUAAUAAAAUUAGGACUGUUUUAGGAAGGAAGAUGUGAGAAAUGAAUGACUGUUGGUGUGCAACAGAUUAUGCCUGCCAUAUGUUGUGAAACCUAAAGUUAUUUGUUAGUCUAUGUAAAGAAUGUACCCCAGAGAUCUACCUUGUAUUUGCCUUAUGUCUAUCAUGAUAUGAAGUUCUCUCCUGUUAUAUUGCUGAAUAAACUGUGUGGACUGCUAAA